UCAUCUACAGAGAGCCGGAGCGCCUUCAGAGAGCUCAACACACUGAAAGAGAGAGAGGCAACAUCUUUACCGAUAUAUUCUCCAGUCAUAGUUUUACUGGACAACAAAUCUUAAACUUCACAAACCUGUCAUCUCAGAUCGCUAUGGAUUGUCGAAACGAAGGAUGCACUCAGCCACAAGACGAGGACAUCAUGGACAUUCCCCUUGAUGACCCAGCCGCAAACAAGGCUGCUGCUAAGAUUCAAGCUGGUUUUCGAGGUCACAUGACCAGGAAGAAAAUGAAGGAUGACAAGCCUAGAGAUGAGAAACAACGAGAGCAGAAGUAGCUAAGAGGACCACCAUCGCCACCGCCCGAUAGCACAUCACUGCAAUAACCAGAGCUCUUUUGUUUAAAAAGAACCCUUCAGUGUAUGAUAUGAAAGCAUCGACAUCCAAACUACAUGCAGAGUUUGCCACCUGACUAGCAGACUCGCUCACUUUCCUCUUCUUCCUUUAGCAUCUGAGUGGCUGUUUUUGACUCGAAACAGGUUCACAGCAUGACAUUAUAAAUUUGAUUCAUUUUAAGAUAGAUAAGGUUGUUUGUGAUCUGUCCGCUUUCAAAUCUGAAGCGUUUCUUGUUGCUUCAAGCAAGGCAAGCCAAAUACUCUGUCUGGAGAUUUGUUGAUUUGUUUGAAGUUGUGCUUUACUUCUUUGGCUGUACUGAAUCUUACAAUAUACAAGUAUGCAUUUACUAAAAGUCAGUGUUUUUUCUAGCAUAAAUUUUGUUUAUGCCUGUUUAAUAAAGCGAAUUAAGUUCCACA